AUGACGGUUUCACAGGGGAUGUGGGUGUCCCCUCAGUUUGCCAGUGUGUCCCCCCAGUGUCUCACGCUGCUCCCCGUGGCCUCUCCCCUCUCUGGAUCCCUGGUUUGGACCCUGGCACUGCUGGCCAUGACCGUGGCCACCGCAGCCAUCAAGGUGGUGCCCCUGGACAUGGCCCGGGACUCCUUCGAUGACCAGUACCCCGGCUGCCGACGCGCCAUGACCGAGUUGUUGCCGGCCCUCAACCGCGUUGAGUUCCAGCAGAACCCUCGGUUCGCCUGGGUCUGGGUGAAGGCCGCGGCCAAGUGGUGGAGGCGGGGGCCCCCGGUGACCCCUCUGUCCCCAGAGCAGGCCAUCGCCCUCAUGACCUACACCAUGAAGGACAUUCACAAGGAGUUCAACGACGCCGUGCGCGUGGCCGGGCGCUCCCGGCGGGAAUACCGGGACAACUUCCACUUCAAAACGCUGCAUUUCCUGCUGACCGACGCCCUGGCGACGCUGAGGGACGCUCGGGGACCGCGGUGUCACUACGUGUACCGGGGCGUGCGCGGGGUCCGGUUCGAGGCGCGGCGCGGCGACACCGUCCGCUUCGGUCGAUUCACGUCGACGUCGCCGCGCAAACAGAUCGCUCAGCAAUUUGGGACAGACACGACGUUCCAGGUGCAGACGUGUCAGGGCGUGGACAUCCGGGAGUUCUCCUCCAAUCCUAGUGAGGAGGAGGUGCUGAUCCCGCCCUUCGAGACCUUUGAGGUCACCAGUGUCACCCAGGAAGGGGACAGGGCGUUGAUCCAGCUGCGCUCCAGCGGGACCUUCAGCAGAUACAGCUGCGAGUGGCUGCGAGGUGGGAGCAUCCCCAGCACCCCCUCCCACCUCAGAGGGCUCCUCCUGGCCACUACAGCCCUGGCAGUGGCCACCAGGAUCAUCUGA